AAAACAAAAAUUAAAAAAAAUAAUAUAAAAAGAAAUCUAUGAUCCAGAGGAAGGCAAGUGACGAGCAGAGUUAAUUCGCGUCUUCAGUUGAGGCAUUUUUGGGUUCUGAUUAAGCAUCUCGCAGUCUCCUACUUCUCUCCGAAUCUUGUUUGCUCUGGUUCCUCAAAAAGUGUAUUUUCAGUUUUGGCAUGAUUUAUCGGAAUUUGUGGCUGUAUGUGUGGCGGUUGAACUGCAACUUGUUAGCUUGGCUACCAUUGAUAAUGAUGAUUGAAGCUAAGUUCUUCUGUUAGAACUCUGAGAAAAGGAAUGGUUGUUUAAAAGAUGCACAGCAAAUAUGGUACAAAUGGACAACAUCAAUACUUUUGAUGUUAUUCUGAAUACUUUUGUUUACCAGGCCACAGAGUGUCAUUCAAAGACCCUUUAAUGGGCACUGAUGCAGACAUUCCUGAUUGAGAUAUUCGAUCGGUACCCACUGUAGGAAAGCUUCAUAUCCAAUGAAAGAAUUGCGAGCUCCACUUCUUCCCUCGGAUAAUCUAGAGUCGACUUCGUCUCUUAACCCCAAAAGGCUUAACUUAGAUGGAAAUGGGAAACAAGGCUUCACUUCUUCUCUUGACCUCAGAAGGUUUAACUUAGAUGGAAAUGGGAAACAAGGCUUCGCUUCUUCUCUUGACCUCAGAAGGUUUAACUUAGAUGGAAAUGGGAAACAAGGCUUCACUUCUUCUCUUGACCUCAGAAGGUUUAACUUAGAUGGGUAUGGGAAUCGCGGGUCUGGUUUCCCUGGCCUGAAGAAGAGAGGGCACAGUAGUCGUUCUUGGAUAAAAAUUGAUCAUGAUGGCUACUCAAAGAUUUUGGAGCUUGAUAAGGUUUCAAUAAUGAAACAUUGUUCUUUGCCUGCAAGGGACCUCCGGCUCUUGGACCCUUUGUUCAUUUAUCCUUCUACAAUAUUAGGACGGGAGAAGGCAAUUGUGGUCAAUCUUGAACAGAUUAGGUGUAUAAUAACAGCUGAUGAGGUUGUCCUUAUGAAUUCCUUGGAUGGAUUUGUUGCUCAAUACGAAUCGGAAUUGUGCAAGCGCCUUCAGAUAAACAGAGAUCAACCUGAAGACUUGCCAUUUGAGUUUAAAGCUCUGGAAUUGGCUUUGGAACUAACUUGCAUGUCUCUUGAUGCUCAGGUCAAAGAUUUGGAAAUGGAGGUAUAUCCAGUAUUAGAUGAACUAGCAUCGUCUAUUAGCACCCUUAAUCUGGAACGUGUUCGAAAGCUCAAAGGCCACCUCCUUGCCUUGACUCAGCGAGUUCAGAAGGUCCGUGAUGAGAUAGAGCAUCUAAUGGAUGAUGAUGGUGACAUGGCUGAAAUGUAUCUUACAGAGAAGAAACAGAGAUUGGAGGCUUACCCACUAGAUGACCUUAAUAGUCCAACUUAUACUUCAGAUGGUCCUAGGGCAAUUUCAAAGUCUGCACCUAUUUCCCCAGUGGCGUCAGCUACUGGAGAUCGAAGAUUGCUGAGGGCAUUUAGCAGUAUUGUGAGUUCGAGCAAACAUGGAAGCCUAAUGAGUUCAUCUAGUGACGCUGAGAACAUUGACCAACUUGAAAUGCUGCUUGAGGCAUACUUUGUUGUUGUUGACCAUACCCUCAGCAAGUUGUUCUCACUUAAAGAAUAUAUCGAUGAUACGGAAGAUUUGAUCAAUAUUAAACUGGGGAAUGUUCAAAACCAAUUGAUUCAAUUCGAAUUGCUUCUCACUGCUGCAACUUUUGUGGCUACCAUCUUUACUGUUGUGGCUGGAGUAUUUGGAAUGAACUUUGAGGACUCGGUCUUUGAUAAUCCAUCAACAUUUUCAUGGGUUCUGGUUAUAACUGGCAUUGCAUGUGGAUUCUUGUACUUCUCCUUCUUGAUUUAUUUUAGGCACAAGAAAGUCUUUCCUUUAUAAAUGGUCGGAAAGGCAACUUCUUCAUUGAUGUUCGUCUUUUUAGAAACAUUUUCUGUAUUGAUAUUGAUGUUCCUCUUUUUAGAAACAUUUCUCUCUAUGUUGCUU